AUGUCCGAACGGCCGGCAACACCACCACGAGCGACUCGCUCAGCGGGCAAGCUUCCGCCUAACCCUCCCACCCCCGAGCAGAUCAGGCGCAUGGAAGAGGCUCGCCUGAGAGCAAAGGCGCAGGCGCAACAAGCACAAGCAUCGAAACCUACACCAGUGCCUGCCGCUGGUACCAAGCGAGCGUACUCCUCUAUCACAGCCGCGCAGACUCCAGCGACCCUUCGCAACGCUGCAGCGGCAUCACCCGCCAAACGCGAUCAAAAUGGCUUCAUACAGCCACCAUCGAACGAGUAUAUUCAACCAGCGAAGAAAUACGCGAGAUCGGACUUCAUCGAAUAUGAUUUCAGUAAAAUGACGGAUACGAAGGGUGGUUUUCUAAGCACCGUAGACGACCCGCACAACAAGGCUAUGUGGAAAGGGCAACAGAAGGAAGAACAAAAGCCAGAGGGUGUAUCAAUGGUAGAAUGGGAAAGGGAGCGUAUAAGACGGAAGCUUCGUGCCAACAGGGCCGGUCCAUAUGAGCCUGGUAUCUCCAUCUUGGACACUGUCAAUGGCAAAGAAGAAGAGGAUGAGGAAGCAGCACUGCUCGAGGCUGCUGAGAACGCCGAGAUCGAGAGUGGGACAUUCAAAGGCAAAUAUGGUGACGGCAAGCGUGAUGUCAAGGGUAAAUGUCGGGAAUGUAACAGUCUCGAGAUCGAUUGGAAGUGGCAGGACAUAUUCGGCAUCGGCAUAUGCAACAUCUGCAAAGAGAAACUUCCAGACAAAUACUCUCUCCUCACUAAAACCGAAGCGCGAGACGACUACCUCCUUACCGACCCCGAACUCAAAGACGAAGAACUCUUACCUCAUCUCGAACGACCGAACCCACAUAAACAAUUCUUCCACCCCAUGCAACUGUUCUUGCGCCUUCAGGUCGAAGCGUAUGCUUUUAGUCCGCAGAAAUGGGGGUCAGCAGAAGCGUUAGAUGAGGAAUACGCGAAGAGGCAGGUGGUAAGCAAAGAGCGGAAACAAAAGAAGUUCAAGAACAAGCUCGAGGAUUUGAAAAAGCGGACGAGAGUAGAAGCGUACAAACGCGCGAGAUUGGCGGGUGAUGGCGGUGACGCGCAAUUUGGGCAAAAGAUCAAAGGCAGGUACGAUAGGCAUGAGCACGAGUGGGGCAGGAGCGUACUUGAUCCUGAGACGGGUAUGACAAAGAAGAGGUGUGAGGAGUGUGGGAUGGAAGUUGAAGAGUUGGAGUUUUAG